GGGUGGGGCUUACCCAAAGAUCCUCAGGCUGGGAAGGCUGCAAACCGCAGACGAACUUUUAACAGGAGGUUAGCUUCUUAAAGCUCGACAAAGACGCCUUACAAUCAGAUAGCAUAGAGCGCGCCGGCGUCCUUCAUGCUUCUUGCAAACAACGAGUCACCCACGGUUCUUACUACUGAAGAAGCACGGGACGCGGAUGUCUUCCGUUGCUCAGGCUCCCUUUGACGACACCGACGACACCGACAUCGUUCUCCGUUCUUCUGAUAAGGUGGACUUCUAUGUGGUCCGGGUUAUACUCUGUCUGGCUUCUCCUUUCUUCAAGACGCUCUUCAGCUUGAAGCAGCCCUCUAGAACCCCUCAUCCAGAUGACACAACAACUGCGGAAGGUAUCCCUGUCAUUGAGGUACCUGAGAAUGCUCAGACGCUAGAUCAUCUCCUUCGCAUCUGCUAUCCCAUCUUGGAUCCUGUCGUUGCGGACAUCGUAGAAGUCGGCAAUGUGCUUGAAUCAGCGUUGAAGUAUGAUAUGGAGCAACCCAUUAAGCUCAUGAAAAAGGCGCUGCGUGACGCGUUCAAUGUCGAGCCAUUGCAGGUCUUCGCAGUAGCUUGCCGUCUUGGUCUAGAAGGCCAAGCUAUCUCAGCCGCUAAGUCCUUCCGAGCCGCUGCUAUCCUUAAACAUGACACCCUAUCCGGUAAAUUUCCUGCCCACGAAUGGGCUCAGACACCAGCCGCACUCGCAUAUGUGCCCAAUAUGAAUGCCAUUUCUGCGGGUGCAUUCUAUAGGCUGAUACAUUAUGUGCGGUGGGGUGGGGCAACGACGUUUUGUGAGCCGGACACGGGUGUGAUCCCUGCACGGCCACUCAAUGAUUUGGACGACCUUACUCCUCCCCCUCCUUCAUUCAGUCAACCAGAUUCCGACCUCAUCGUUCGUUCCUCUGACAAUGUGGAUCUUCACGUUCAUACCCUCGUAUUAUCAUUGGCUUCCCCCAUUCUACACAAACGCAUCUCAGACCUGGAUGUCCACUCACGCUCCUCCACAUCUCCCGUCCUUGCACUCGAUGAACCGGCUGCUGUUCUUGUUCCUCUCUUGCAGCUAUGUUACCCUAUAGAUGAUCCGGAGGUCAAGGAUUCUCGAAGCGCAUCAACGCUCCUAGCCGUCGCUUCAAAAUAUAAAAUGCCAAGAGCGAUGUCGUUCGUGCAACGGAGCCUCCGCUCAUGUUCAGACAUUGACCCAUUCCGCAUGUUCUUUACUGCUGUGGCUCAUGGCUGGAACUCGGAAGCAGAAUACUUCGCCUCUCGCCUGAUCCACUUCGUCAUCGAAGAUGUUUACGUUCCAGAAAUGGAAUCUGUUCCCGCCAACGUCUAUCACGGACUACUAAAAUAUCACUUCGAGUGUCAGAAACGGAUGAAGAAGACCACAUAUAGCAACGUUGGUGCGUAUCCGCGCUUGCGCGCCCUCGAGAGUGGGUGUGUGGUCAGAAGAAGCAUCUUCCGCGAUUCAUCAGAGAUGAUCUUUGCGCCCAUUGUCGCGAGAGCAAUGGCGUUUGAUAAGGCUGCGCACGACAGGACUCCCCAUGACAGUAGGACGCCGCGACACAUCGAUAUCACACCUCUCAUCAAUGAGAGUAAGAUGCUGGAGUUGGAGAUCGAAAAUGCACUAGCAGAUGUAAAAUUGGACGUGUCUCUUUCUCCUAGUUAAAUUCGCGGACCACUGUUGCCAGCUUACCACACGCAUCCUACUUUAGUAUAUGUUUUGGAUGCUUUGCUUACCUCUACUUUGAAUAAGCCUAUGUAAAUACUUCACAAUCGAUCGCUACCAAAAGUUAAACGUUAAAGGGCUUGCCUUUUGUGGAAGAAAGCAUUCGGAAGCGGGUUCUU